GCGAGCGGAGAACUACAUCGUCUUGAUCAAUCAGAGUUUCUGACUUCUUCUCUUCUAUUCCAUACAAAGAAAAAAUGAUCAGGACACAUUUCUUCCUGUUUUCAGCACUGAUCAUGUGCAGCAUACCUGCUGAGGAAAUCUUUCAGCCAACUCUAGUGCUGGACAUGGCUAAAGUUCUUCUGGAUAACUACUGCUAUCCUGAAAACUUAGUGGGAAUGCAAGAAGCCAUUGAACAAGCAAUCAAGAGUGGGGAGAUCCUGGACAUCUCAGAUCCAAAAAUGCUGGCCAGUGUCUUGACAGCUGGAGUGCAAGGUGCUCUGAAUGAUCCAAGACUGGUGAUUUCCUAUGAACCAUCACUGCAUGCAGCUCCCAAACAAGAAAUGGAGACUUCCCUCACUCGUGAACAGCUCCUGAGUCUUAUUGAGCAUGUAAUCACAUAUGACAAGCUGGAGGGCAAUGUGGGCUACCUGAGGACUGAUUAUAUCAUAGGACAGGAUGUUGUGCAGAAAGUUGGAGCUUUUCUGGUGGACAAGGUGUGGAAAACACUGAUAGAAACAUCUGCCCUGGUGAUAGAUCUUCGUUACAGCACUGGGGGACAGAUUUCUGGCCUCCCCUUCAUCAUCUCAUACUUGCAUGAAGCAGACAAGCUGUUACAUGUUGAGACUGUAUACAAUCGGCCCUCCAACACCACCACAGAGAUAUGGACACUGCCAAAGGUGUUGGGAGAGAGGUACAGCAAAGACAAGGAUGUUAUUGUUUUGAUCAGCCGCCAUACCACAGGAGUGGCUGAAGAUGUGGCUUACAUCCUCAAGCACAUGAACAGGGCUAUCAUUGUUGGGGAGAAGACAGCUGGGGGCUCUCUGGACAUCCAGAAGCUGCGUAUUGGCCCCUCCAAUUUCUAUAUGAUGGUUCCUGUGUCACGAUCUGUGAGCCCCUUGAGUGGGGGUGGACAGAGCUGGGAGGUGAGUGGUGUGAUGCCAUGUGUGGCUACUGAGGCAGAGCAAGCCUUGCAGAAAUCUCUGGACAUCCUGGCAGUGCGCAGAGCAGUACCUGGCACGCUAAGCCACCUCAUAAACAUAUUAAAGAACAAUUACAGCUUAGUCGAGCGGGUGCCAGCCCUGCUGCAGCACCUUUUCACCUCUGACUUCUCUUCUGUGCAAUCCGCAGAGGACCUGGCCACCAAACUCAACACUGAGAUGCAGACCUUAUCUGAAGAUCCCCGCUUGCUGGUCCGAGUCAUGAUGCCAGGUGAAGCUGCUGCCCCCCUUGCUGAACAAUCAAUUGCAGUAGCAGACAAUUUACCUGACAAUGAACAACUGCUGCAAGCCUUAGUGGAUACGGUCUUCAAGGUGUCAGUGUUGCCAGGCAAUGUAGGCUACAUGCGCUUUGAUGAGUUUGCUGAUGCCUCUGUGCUUGUUAAGCUGGGACCUUACAUUGUCCACAAAGUGUGGGAGCCCCUCCAAAAUACAGAGAAUUUGAUCAUGGACCUACGUUACAACCCUGGGGGCCCUUCCUCCUCUGCUGUGCCUGUACUACUCUCUUAUUUCCAAGAUCCUGCUGCUGGCCCUGUCCAUCUUUUCACAACCUAUGACAGGCGCACCAAUCACACACAGGAGCAUAACAGCCAGACAGAACUGCUGGGCCAGCCCUAUGGGGCUCAGCGGGGCAUCUACCUGCUCACCAGCCACCACACUGCCACAGCUGCCGAGGAGUUUGCUUACCUCAUGCAAUCCCUGGGCCGUGCCACACUGAUUGGUGAGAUCACAGCAGGAAGCCUCUCACAUACUAUUACUUUUCCUCUGCUGCAGCCUGAGCGGGGAGUAACUCAUGGUCUAACUAUCACAGUUCCUGUUAUCACCUUCAUUGACAACCAUGGGGAAAGCUGGAUGGGCGGAGGAGUUGUGCCUGAUGCCAUAGUGUUAGCUGAGGAUGCACUGGAAAAGGCUGAGGAGGUGCUAGCUUUCCACAAGAACAUGGGAGUACUUUUGGAGGGUACUGGGCAACUCCUAGAGGCUCACUAUGCCAUCCCAGAAGUGGCUGCUAAGGCUAGUGCUAUGCUUAACACCAAACGGGCCCAAGGAGAUUAUCGAUCAGCUGUAGAUUUUGAGACAUUGGCUUCCCAGCUUACCAGUGACUUGCAGGAGGCCUCAGGAGACCAUCGGCUUCAUGUCUUCCACAGUCACGUGGAACCAACACCAGAAGAACAGUUCCCCAACAUGAUUCCCAGCCCUGAGGAGCUGAACUACAUUAUUGAGGCACUCUUCAAAAUUGAAGUAUUGCCAGGCAACCUGGGCUACCUUCGCUUUGACAUGAUGGCUGAGGCAGAAGCAGUGAAGGCCAUUGGGCCUCAGCUGGUGCAGAUGGUAUGGAACAAGCUGGUGGACACAGAUUCCAUGAUUAUUGACAUGAGGUACAACACGGGUGGCUACUCCUCUGCCAUCCCAAUACUUUGUUCCUACUUCUUUGAUCCUGAGCCUCGGCAACACCUCUACACUAUCUUCGAUCGUAGUACCUCCCGCAGCACAGAGGUUUGGACUCUCCCCCAGGUCGCUGGCAGGAGAUAUGGCUCCCUCAAGGACAUCUACAUCCUAACAAGCCAUAUGAGUGGCUCAGCAGCUGAAGCUUUCACUCGUGCUAUGAAGGAUCUACACCGAGCCACAGUUAUUGGUGAGCCCACUGUAGGUGGUGCCCUCUCAGUGGGCAUUCAUCGUGUUGGUAACAGUUCCCUGUACGCCUCCAUCCCCAGCCAAGUGGUGCUCAGCCCAGUCACUGGCAAAGUGUGGAGUGUGUCUGGAGUGGAGCCAGACAUCACCAUCCAGACCAGUGAGGCUAUGGCUGUAGCUCAGCACAUUGCCAACCUGCGUGCCCAGGUGCCACAGAUACUGCAAACUGUAGGGAAGCUUGUAGCAGAUAAUUAUGCCUUUGUGGACACUGGGACUGUUAUAGCAUCCAGCCUCACCAACAAUAUCAACAAAGACGGUUAUAAAAGGAUUAAUACAGAAGAGGAGCUGGCCAGGAAGGUGACUGCCAACUUGAAAGCUCUUUCUGGUGAUGAGCACUUGAAAAUACUCUACAUCCCUGAACAUGCCAAGGACAAUAUCCCAGGGAUUAUACCAAAACAGAUCCCUUCCCCAGAAGGAUUUGAAGAUCUGAUUAAAUUUUCAUUCCACACAAAAGUAUUUGAAAACAACAUCGGCUAUCUGAGAUUCGAUAUGUUUGGAGACUGUGAACUUCUAACCCAGGUGUCUGACCUACUAGUAGAGCAUGUUUGGAAGAAAAUUGUUCACACAGAUGCAUUAAUCAUAGACAUGAGGCAUAAUAUUGGAGGGUCUACCACUUCUGUACCAAUCCUAUGUUCAUACUUCUUUGAUGAAGGACACCAAAUUCUCUUGGACAAAGUUUAUGACAGACCCAGUGACUCAGUAAAGGAAAUAUGGACGCAGCCACAGCUCAAAGGGGAGAGGUAUGGGUCUCAGAAGGGUCUCAUAAUCCUCACCAGUGGUGUGACAGCUGGGGCUGCCGAAGAGUUUGUGUACAUCAUGAAGAGACUGAGUAGAGCUCUCAUCAUUGGGGAACAGACCAGUGGUGGCUGCCAUUCCCCCGAGACACAUCAAGUAGAUGAUACCAACUUCUACAUCAUCAUCCCUACCUCCAGAUCAGUCAUGUCUGCAGAGGGCAGUUCUUGGGAAGGGAAGGGGGUGCUUCCUCACAUGGAAACACCAGCUGACACAGCACUCAUCAAAGCGAAGGAGAUGCUUACUGCUCAGCUGCAUAGCUCUAGAUAGCCCAAUGGGGGAACAUGGCUCUGGAAAAAAGGUAGGUUUCAAUUUUCAAAGGAGACCAAGGGACUUACACUCUCAGGAUCUGAACCAAUAAUGGGUUUAGGAAUCCAGAGCAGGAUUUAGCCGUAAUUUAGUUCACUAAUGCAAAAUUGAGACCCCCAAAAUCUCACAGUAUGUGCAUGUGCGUGUAAGGGGAUGGGUAAGCUACAGGUCCUCCUCCUUUUGUUAUCUCCCUGACUCAGUAAAUCAUGAGUUUCCUGCACAGGAGCCCAAUACAAACAGGAGAAGAUGCAAGACCCAUCUGCUACACAGAAUAAUUCACAGGCAUCAACAAUGGUGCUCUUCUGGGUAGCAGAAGUGGAUUUGAAUUUCUAUCAACUGAGGGAAGCUUCACAAUGUGUGAGUUUUCUAGUAACCAAGUUCUUAGAGAAAAAAGUCUGCUUCCCCAAAUGAAAACCCUAGAAAGAAGGGGGGAACUUCAUUUCCAUCUCUAUGGACACUGGUUGAUAGCUCAAAGUGACUCCCUUUUCAACAUGUUGAUUUUUUAGCUUGUUCUGUGGAAGCCAACUCUUUCUGGGCAUGGCUGAGAUAUUUGGACAAUUCACUGAUGUUUCUGGAUUCCUCUGCUGUGCUGAAAUGUAAAUGUUAGUUGUUGCAGUGUCUGGUGUUUAAGAUUUAGCUCCAAAUCACAGACAUUUCCCUCUGUUCUUUAGAAAAUCCCAGCUCUCAGUAUUGAAGGCAUGUGAAGCACCUCAAAGCAUUUAUGCAAAGAUAGAAAAAGCCCUUCUGCUCCUUUGGAAAUUUGGUACCUUCCUAUUUAUACAUCUUAAAGAAGAAUUAGUAGUAGUUGGGAGAAUCAGUUUUCCAAACUGCAAGAGCUAAAUUAAGUCUUUCUUCAUUUCAUCAUUUAGAUGUACCAAAAUUAAACAUUCCCAGUCUGUCGUGGUUGCCCAGACUCCUUGCAUUUCUUACGUGCAUGCCUGCUUUCCCCCUACUAUCUAGCAGGGGGAUGGGGAAUAACCAGGACAAAGGCAGAAAAUUGACUCACCUAGUGCUCAGAUCAACAGAGCCAGGGAAAAGAGUUACAUGUUUUCACUUAAGGUUAAAAACAGAUUGUUGUGCAUCCUGCCCCGAAGACAAGAGGAAAGCAGAGAAAUGUCCUCUGCACCCUACUAACAGUCUACUUAUUAAGUAAUAGUGUAUUCCAGGGCAACUAGCAGAGUUAUUUAUUAAUUAAUUACUCAGUUAAAAAUAAUCCUUGUAUUUCUUACAAUUUUUAUCUAACCAUAUGUCUUCGUAAUAAUUUAGAAAUACACAUUACUCUAAUCUAGAUCUCAAAAUUUCUCAUCUCUACAAAAUGUAAAGCAAUUAAGUUAGGAAAAUUGUCCCCCAAUUUAGCCAAUCUGUAGUUGUUGCACAUCGCUGCUUGCUUGCUCAUUUGUAAGUUACUGACACUUUUUUUAUAAAUCCUGCUUAAACAUCUGACUGCAGAGAAUCUCUUCCAGUAUUUACAGGGAAUUAAUUUUAACAACCAAAUAAACUUUCCAUCUUUUUUACUACUUGUUUGUCUUACCAACUACACUCAGUGCAAUCACUAACUUGAACUCUUUUGAGUCAUUUUUGUAUUCUGAUUUUAUGCACUAGCUAGUUGUUGAACUCGGUAU